AUGUCCUUUGCAUCCUCACAAAUCGAGCGGCGAAUUCCUAACCUACUCCGUCACUGCACCUUCGAACAGCUCAAACAAAUCCAUGGCUUUCUCCUCUCCUCCUCCCUCGCUCGACACCCCGCGCUCCCUUCCCUCUGCAUCCGCCGCGCCGCCGAGCUCGGAGAAACGGAGCACGCAGAGCUCAUUUUCUUCAGCGGAGAUCCUCCUCAUAUUCUCCAUUGGAACGCGUUGAUCCGUGGCUGCUUCCAAUCCGGCCAUUAUAAGAAAGCUCUCAACUUGUUUGAUUGGAUGUCUCAGAGAGGCCAGACGCCGAAUGAGUUCACUUAUUCAGACGUCUUUGCUUCAUGCGGCGCUCUGGAAGAGUAUGGGAUGGGGAAGAAGGCUCAUUGCCGUUCUAUGAAGGAUGGGUUUGAUCUGAUUCCUUUGGUUGCUAUCUCGCUUUUCAAUCUCUAUGCAGAAAGCAGCAGUCUUGCUGACGCAAAGAAGAUUUUUGAUGGUUUUUUAAUGAAAUCUGUGGGUUUGUGGAACAAGAUGAUGUCUUUCUAUGUCAGAAUUGGAGAUAUUCUGUCAGCAAGAAAACUGUUUGACGAAAUGGCGGUUAAAGAUACGGUAUCUUGGAACACGAUGCUUUCAGGCUGUGUGAGAGUGAAGCAGGUGGAGAGGGCAAAGAAUUUGUUUCAGAAAAUGCCGGAAAGGAAUGUUUUUUCUUAUACAGUAAUGGUGGGAGCUUUGGCUGAUGCAGGAGAUCUCAUAGGAGCCAGAAGACUGUUUGAUGAAAUUCCUGAAGGAAAUGUGGCGUCUUGGAAUUGCAUGCUAUCAGCUUACACACAGAGUGGGAGGUUUAAGCAGGCAUUGGAUCUCUUCCUUCAGAUGCAAUCAAUAGUCAUUCAACCAGAUGGAUUCACCUUCGUCUCAGCUUUAUCAGCUUGUGCUCAUCUGGGAGAUUUGAAAACUGGUAAAUGGAUUCAUCUCCAUCUAAUACAAAACUGGCUAACCUUUGGAGCCAUUGUUGGCACUGCACUUAUGGAAAUGUACGCCAAAUGUGGGGAUAUAGACUCUGCAUUCAGAGUCUUCAUCAAAACAUCAAAGAAAGAUGUGUUUUGCUGGAACGUGAUGAUUAAAUCCCUCGCGACGCACGGGAGGGCGAACGCUGCGUUGCAGCUUUUUGCUUCCAUGCGGAACGAGAAACUCCAGCUCAAUGACUUUACCUUAAUGGGCGUGCUCUUCGCUUGCAGUCAUGGAGGUUUGGUUGAGGAUGGCCGUAGAAUCUUUGAAUCCAUGGAAAGGGAGCUUAAGAUGAAACCGAGGAUGGAGCAUUAUGGUUGUUUGAUUGAUUUGCUCUGUCGUGCAGGGCGGGUUGAAGAAGCUUAUGAGAUGGUGAAGCAGAUGCCUCACAAGCCUGACGUUUUGGUGUGGGGAGCUUUGCUUGGAGGUUGCAGAGAAGGAAAUGAGACUGCUUUGGCGGAGAAAGUUAUGAAAAGGAUUGAUGAGGUUGAUGGUAAUGGAAGUGGAGCUUAUGCCAAAUAUGUAUGCGGCUUCGAGUCAGUGGGGUGA